GAAGUUGCCAAGCGGGAGGUUGCCACACCUGAGCUCGCAGCGUUGUUGAACUUUGAAGCUCGGCCAGCUGUUCGACACGAGUGAGCAUGGACCGCUGUCCGAAUGAAGGCUGCCGGAAGGAACUGUCGGAAACAGAAGUCAAGCCGCACCUGGAAAGAUGCGCCUAUCGAAAAACUCGCUGCAAUCUGUGCGACGCAGAUGUCGUUUUGAGCAGUUUCGUCGAGCACUGUACCACCGCUUGUCCCAAAAGAAGCGUCGUAUGCAAGGUCUGCACAGCGGUGAUCUUCGCAGGGGAAAUGCAGGAACAUUCCAAGACUUGCCCCGAUGCGGGCGAUAAAGCAGCAAACACCAGAGACACAGAGAUGCUACAGUAG